GGAUACUAUGUAGUUGUUAAUUGGUUGUUAUCUUUGUAAACUAUAAAAUAUACCUUCGACUUUUACUACUUCUGGCUAACCACAUCGAUCAAAAGUCCAAAGAAGAGUAUACUAACAAAUGAAAAUUCAGCUUGUGUUCAUACCAUCGCCUGGAAUAGGUCAUCUCAGGUCAACCGUUGAGUUAGCAAAGCGACUCGUCCGCAGCGAUGACCGCCUUUGGAUCACCGUAAUCAUCAUCCCUUACCCUUCCAUUAGCGACGACGACGUUGAAACCACCUAUAUAGCAUCUCUCACGACCGCAUCUCAAGAUCGUCUCAACUACGAAGCCAUCUCCGUCGCAAAUCAACCAACCGACUAUCAAGAGCCAACUCAAGUCUACAUCGAGAAACAAAAGCCUCAAGUUAGAGAUGUUGUCGCGAGAAUCUUCCAUUCAACAGGAGUUGACUCGCCGCGAGUAGCCGGAUUCGUGGUGGACAUGUUCUGUUCAUCGAUGAUCGAUGUAGUUAACGAAUUUGGAGUUCCGUGUUAUAUGGUAUACACAUCAAACGCUACGUGUUUGGGAAUCACACUUCAUAUUCAACGAAUGUUCGACGAGAAGAAGUAUGACGUAAGCGAGUUGGAAGACUCGGUCAACGAGUUGGAGUUUCCAUUUUUGACUCGUCCUUACCCUGUGAAAUGUCUUCCUGAUUUCUUCACUUCCAAGGAUUGGUUAGCUUUCUUUCUAGCUCAAGCUAGAUGUUUUCGAAAGAUGAAAGAGCAGAAGAUAAGCGCCUUUGCGAUGGUGGAGGAGUUGGGAUUGGCGGUUCAGAUACGGAAGUUCUUUAGAGGAGAUAUGUUGGUCGGAGGGAUGGAGAUAGUCACGACGGUGGAUAUAGAGAGAGCGGUCAGGUGUGUGAUGGAGAAUGAUAGUGAGGUUAGGAAUAGAGUGAAGGAGAUGGCUGAGAAGUGUCACGUGGCGUCGAUGGACGGUGGAUCCUCGCAGGUGGCUUUGCAAAAGUUUAUUCAAGACGUGACAGAGAAUGUUGUCUGAUGGUAGGAAGAUGGAAAAUCACAGGUUGACUCUGAGAUACGAGUGACUGUUUAUGUAUGUCAUGUCACAAAAUUUCAUGAAUUUGUCCCAUAAUACUACGAUAGGUGUAUGUGUGUUUUUCUUGGGGUCAAACUAUGUCUAUGUGUAAGUUCUUUAGUUGAUGUAAUGUAUGUCGCGUUUCUUGAAUUUGUGUCAUAAAGUGAUAAUAAGUACGAUGGUGUG